AUGCCGAUUCCAGCUGCACCCAAGCGCGCUGCUCCACCCAGGAAGAAAGCUGCCAGAAAGGUCGUCGAAGAGAGUAAACCCGAGCCCGAGGACGGUGACAAGUCUAUCGAAGUCGAGGGCAAAACCGAAGUCGAGGAAACCAAGGCCGAACCUCAGAUCGAAGACAAACCAGCCCCGAGGAAGACAAGUCUGCUCCUGUCGAAGAUAAAACCCGCCUCCGAAGCCGAGGCCAAGGACGAACCCGAUGUAGAGACCAAACCCGAGCCCGAGUCCACAGAGCCAAGUCUGAGCCGACUGAGACCAAAGAAGAAUCUGCCAGCGUCGACUUUUCGAAAGCCAAAGAUAUUGGAAUGGCCCCUGUUCCGAUUGAGCGUGUACCAACCGCCAGUCGAACGUGAAUCUACUCCAGUCGAGCGUGAAUCCACUCCCCCAGUUGAGCGUGAAUCUACUCCUCCAGUUGAACGUGCAGCCACUCCUGUUGAACGGGCGCAUCACGCGCAGUCUCCUCCAACCGCACCCUUCUCACCAGCACCCGUCCACCCAGGGGCCGUAUCUCCUAUCGCUCAGAUUCAUCCUGAAUUGCCAGUACCAGUACCGCGUCCCGAGUCUCCACUCGCUCAACCAGGACAACCCGUCUUGAGGCCUGAAUCACCCGAGCCCAAAGCUGCGACCUCUCGCCCCGAGUCUCCUGCACCAGUUCGCCCUGCGUCCCAGCCCCCGUCCGAGCUGCCUCGCCCCGCCCGCCAGCGGCCGCUCGCCCCCGCUCUCCAAGUCUUCCGCCGCGCCCUGUAUCUCCAGUGGCAGCUCGCGCCCUAUCUCCGCCCCGUCUCGCCGACCAUGCUCCCCUCGUCGCCCCCCUCCCGCUCUCCGAACUACGCGGAGAGGCCGAAAGGAGAGACCCGAAUCCGAAGAACCCGAAUCCGAAGAGAGCAAAAAGGCAAACCUCGCCGCGCGGAUGGGCUAAAACUCGGGGGCGUGUCCAUGUUUGCGCCUCAGCGCCGGUCGAGCAUCGACGUCGAGCGUCGGGCUAGUAUAGACUCCGAACGCCGGGCAAGCAUAGAUCUCGAGCGUCGGUCGAGUCUGGAAGGUAGAAAGGAGCCGUUCCCGACUGCUCCAACAGACGAAGAGGUUGCCGAGUUGGAGCGCCGAGGACGAACCGCAAGUGCCGAGAGACGACAACGAGCCGUUUUCGCCUCAGAGUCGGACCUCGUCUCCGUCUCAUUUGAGAAGGGGAGCUUGGGCAGCGUUGGGCGGAGAAGUAGUUUGGAUGCGGGGUCGACGAGAAAGUCGAGCGGAGAGAUUCGAAGGGAUUCAAUUGGAGAUAUCCCAGCAUCGGAGGUUAGGUCGCCUCCUCAGCCCAUCUCCGAUCGAGGAGUCUGCCCCUUCCCACACUCGUCCGAGUCUUCCGCCUCCACCACACCCGAGUUUGUUGCUCCGCCUCCCCCGGCGGUUUCAUCUUCUCCUGCCCCCAACGUUAGUCCGCCGCCUCCUCCUCCGGCCUUCAAACGCUCCGCCCCACCUCCGCCGGCUCAGGAGGAGGAGCAAGAAGAGGAAGAGGAAGAGGAGGAAGAUGCAAUUGAUGCGGUAUCUCCAGCACCACCUCCCAUGCCCUCGUCACCACCUGUAUCGUCGCCCCCACAACUCCCAUCCUCUCCCCCUCCACCCGUUCCGACUUCUCGACCGCCUCGCAAACCAAGCAUUCCAAUCCCAGAGCGCGACUCGGACUACAACUCUCCUUCCCGGUCAUCCGCAGACCACUCUCGAGCCGCUCAAUUGGUAGGUAUUGCUCAACCAGAAGCGGAAUCGCCAACCAAAUCCGAGGUUGCACCCGAGACUGCUGCCCCCAAGGCAGAAGAAGAGGAACAAGGAGAAACAGAGGAACAAGCACGUCGUCGAACUAUUGCUCAACGCAUGGCCAAACUUGGUGGAAUCAAGUUUGGUCUGCCUGGAGUGGCACCCCCGCCUGUGCCUCGUCGACAGCCCACGAAUCCACCCGAAGAGGAAGAGAACAAGGAGUCAACUGAAACUGAUGAUACACCUGCUCCCGCCCCUACCGGUCCUGUAUCCGAGGAGGCUCAGCCCGUAGACGAUGGGUCUGAAGAGUCCGAGAGGGCACGCAAGGAACGAAUUGCUGCCAAGAUGGCUGCGAUGGGCGGGAUGCGAUUCGGGAUGCUUCCUCCGACCCCUCCGCCUCCUUCCGCCGCACCUCCUCCACCCCCAUCUACUGGCCCGCCUCCACCACCUACUGCCGUCCCGCCUCCGGUACCUUCCGCCGCCCCGCCCCGACCACCUUCAUCAGCUCCACCUCCUCCAGCGUUUAUUCCCCACCUCCUCCACCCGUGCCUACCAAGGCCAAGUCCCGAGCGAGGUGCAUCAGAGGUGGAUGACUUUGCAACAGUUCAGAGGGCCAGAGUCUCGAGGAGGAAGGCAGCAGUUGGUAUGCCCGAGGAAGACGACGAGCCGACUCCUCCACCUCCUCCUCGCCCCGCGAAUCGACCCCUCCCGUUCCGCGCGCGACGUCUCCCCAGCCGGAACCCGCCUCGAGCUCCUGGGUCUCGGCAGAAUUCAGUCGACCUUAAUAGCCAACCACAAGGGUUUACGAUGGUCGAGGCACCAGGCGACGAAUCUGAAGCGGAUGGUCUCCACCUCCUCCACGCCCAAGUACACGCCCGCCACCUCCACCCAGCUCACGCCUCCGCCACCCCCACCCGAAGAAUCCGAUUCGAGCAUGCCGGAGUGGACGAGUACAUGACUCGGUCGUUGGUCAGCGAAGAUGAAACGAACUAUCCGAUGGCCAAGGGGCUUCCACGCGCACCUCGAGAGAACUUCCCAUCCGCCCAGACCCGCCGUUAUUCGCCCUCUGCCGCGCCGCCCCAGGACAUGAGCCAUUCGGACAUGCUCAUGGUCUUAUGGGGGAAAGUGGGUGUCCAAAUCACUCAAAGCGCACUCACUCUCGCUGAAAGGGGUAGAAGGUCAAUAGUCGGGGAUGGUACCAGCACUGGUUUUGUCACGGCCGUUUUGGCGGGUGUCGAUAGCGCAUACAAGGCUCCUACGGUUGGCCGGUCUUCGCCCAGAACGGAGGAAGAGCCCGGUCGGCAUGCCUGGAGAUAUCAUCGUGAUGACGGAUAUUAA